AGCGUUAAUAAUGAGCUACUUUCCAUUUAGCAAGUAUUUCAAUUCUUAUCUGGAUAAAGAGCAAUGUGUUUACUUUCAAAAGACUUUAAUUUAUGCAUAUGUAGAAGAAGAAACAACUUCAGUUAUUGCAGAGUAUUAUUCCACUGAAAAGAUUGGAAGUGUGAAUAAGUUAGGAGUUUCGCAAAUUCAACUUCCUGAAAAAUUUCGAUAUCCUCAAUUAGUUUCUUUUAAUGUGACGAGCAAUAUUGAAUUAGCAAUCCUCGCUCCAUACUUACUUUUAUGUGAUUCAACGAAAUCUGAGUUUAAUUUAUGGCAAUUAGGAGACUAUGAGAAAACAUGGAAUAUCAAUUUAAAAGAUAUAGUUCUUGAUGCUUCAUUUUGUGGUGUUGUUAUUAUGGAUGGACCUAUGAUUGCGUUUAUUUAUCAGAAUGCUUCGGUAUCAGAAGAAACUUUUGAAGAAAAAAACACUUAUAUUGUAUUAUGGAGACCAUUGUCGCAGAAAAAUGUGCUAUGCACAUUAACUUUAUUGGCAUAUAAUAUUCAGGGAUUUUGGCUGCCUCAUCAACAAGCUGUUAAUGACGUCGAUGGACCUUAUAUAUUCGUUAACAUAAUAUAUCGACCUAUAUAUGAAUCAUGCGUUACAAUGCGCAAUUUCUUUGAAAAUUAUUCUUCUCCAAUACCUUUUUUUAUUUCUAUGAUACCUGAAUAUUAUACAAGGAAUAUCACCUGUUUGCUAAAAACUAAUAACUUAUGGAACAAUGAGGAAAUUAUAUGGAUAGGAACUGCUCGAGGAAAUAUUAUAUGCAUUAAAAAUGCUGAUGAAAUUGGAAAUGUAAAACCAAUAUGGUGCACUGACGUUGCAUAUAUUCCUUUGAAGAUGGAAGAAGUUCAGCUAGACAAAAGAAUUGAAGAUAUAGAAUCUGUGUUGAUUAUUCGUUUGGAAAACGGUUUGAUUAUUUUGAAUUCCCAAAAUGGCAAAAUAUUGCGAGAACUCCCAAAUGAAAUUACUUUACUUUUUGGUGAUUUCUAUCAAUGUGGAUAUCAACGUAUCAUGCAAGUACCUUACAGAUUAAAUGGCAGAUUAACUACAUUCAAUGAGAUUCUCAUCAAUAAUAUUAAUGAAAAAAACGUCGUUUCAAAUCUAGAAGGCAAUAUUCCUCAUUUGAGCUCUCUUCUCGAUUCUUUAUCAACUAGAAUUUAUGAUGGAACAGCACUGAUACGAAAAAAUGAAGAAAUGAUUAAUCAUAAAUAUAACCUUUUAAACCACAGUGAUUCCCUUCUUCAGACAUUUUCCUGUUUAAUUGGUUCAUAUUAUUCGAAGCGAGUAAAGCUUACUAAAACAGUAUUACGUCAUAAUAAGCAUACUGAAGGAUUUAUAUCGCUUAUACCUGGUGCACGAAUUCUUACAAAGAAUUUGAGCGAAAAGAUUUAUUCUAACCAAACGGAUAAGGAUAAACAAUCUUGUAUCGAGGUUAUCGAAGCCAAGACAAGUAUUGGAAAAUACAAUCAUACCGAAAAUAUUUUAAUAGAAAUUUCGGUGCGAAAUAAGAGUUUCCAAGAUUUAUAUGCUGUUCAUUUAGUUGUAUAUUUUAAGAAUACUUUCGGUCUUUUUUCAUCAAUGAUAAAAUCAAAUUCCUCCUAUAUCAACUUGUUGCAUGUAGGGGAAACUAAGACAAUUUUCUCUAUGACGUGUUUGCCACUUGACCUCGUUUCGGAUUAUUUAGAAUUCAGCGCAUUCAUAUUGUACUGUCAAAUCGAUGAAAUUCAUGCUUCUAAUCUCUAUAAAUUUUAUGACGAAAUGAUUUGGGAAACGCUAUGUAUUAAGAAUAUCAAGAAAGCUAGAAUUAUGAAUCAAGAUAUUGAUCAUUUGCUUCCUUCUAUGGCAUAUUUGAUUUUUACAACUACAAAUUCUAUGGAUCAAGAAUGGAGCGUAUCUUUGCUACCAUUUUUGUUAGAACAAUAUCUUUGUAUUUCAAAGAGGGAUUCUGAAGAUAACUUUUCUAAAGAUUAUAGAUCUUUAGAUGGUUCGAGUUGGAUAAAAAUAUUUCGAUCUUACAAAUGCUUAGUAAACGUAAAUCAAUUUUCACGUGUCACUAAACAAAUAAUGGCGGUAUGUGGGCAGAAUGACAGAUCUUUGAUUAAAAUGCUAUUAAAAUUAUUAAAAGAAUUGCAUGAAGGUCACUCAGUUUCCAUAUCUUUGCCGUUAUUCACUUCAACACAAGCUUUAGAUAGUUUAAAUGAUGUUUUAUAUAUUUUGGAGCAUUUAAUCACAAAAAGAUCAUCGAAUUUUAAAUGCGAGGGAAGAAUAAAUGAACUAUCUGUAAAACUGCGACGUGAACUAUGUAUAAAGAUAACUAUUUUAUUAUGUAAUUUAUAGAUAUUACUGAUGUUAUCGACCUAAUAAAAAGGAUUCACACGAUCGAUCUUUUAAAACAAAAGAUUCAAACCAGAUUUGCGAAGUCAAGUGAAAAUACUCUUUAAAAAUUUUUGAUUUUCAAGUAUAAUAAUAACCUUGAUAAUAUGUAAAAUUAUAGCUUAUAGGCUUAUAUAAAGAAUUAGAUGAUCUUCUACAAUAUUUUCAUUCCUUUCCUAGAUAUAGAUUUUUUUUGAUAUACCAAUUUUCAAGACGUUUUCCUUUUUAAUGGCUGGUAGGUACCACUUGAGUGACUAGAUAUUAACUAUUUUACACCAA